CAGUGUGAUAUUAGUGUAAGAUAAAACGGAAAGAAAACGAGAAGUGGCCACUGGAAAGAAAAUGGAGUGAUGGAAUACUUUUACAUUUUCUUUACCAGUACAAAAAAUGAAAGAAAAUUAAAGAAAACAUCGUCUGUGAUAUAAGUUUAAAUUAAAGAAAGUGUGAAACUAUUAAAGAGAGAAAAGACUGACUAUUUUUCUGAUGCAUGAGCGAAGUAAUGCAAUAUAAGUAGUAGUAGUAGUAGUAGUAGUAGUAGUAGUAAGUGUGGUGGUAAAUUCUUAACACUACGAAAGAAUUGAAUGAAAGAAGAAAGAAAAGCGUAAGAAAAUAAGUGAAGGAAAGAAAAAAACGAAAGUGAAAAUAAAGAAAGGAAGAAAAGUUAAGACGAAAAGUUUAUUAAAGUUUUAUUCUUCGUCUUUUUGUUGUCCGUGCGUGGGGGUGACUGCUGUACACACACCUGAUGCCCCGACGAGCAGCAGGCCACCCUCCCCACCCGCCCACACCGCCCCCCGCGGCCACCGAGGGGGGCGGCGGGGGCGGGUGGGGUGGGUGGCGUUCCUGGUGGUGGCGGCGGUGGCGGUGCUGUUGCAGUGUCCUGUGUCCGCGGUUCCCAUUUUCUAUGAGUCCGCGAGAAUGUCAGCACUGAGGCUGCCCGAGUCCACGGAGGUCGGGGAGCUGAUCUACCAGCUGCGGGCGAGCUACACUGACGCCAGGGUGCCGCUGCUCUUCAGUGCCCGGGGCGAGGACCAAAACGUCAUUUCAAUAGAGUCAGUAGACGACUAUGGACUGGUGUACCUGAGGGAGCGGCUGACGUCCAGGAGGAAUUACACGUUUAUCCUGACGGUGCAGACUAAGAUACCAACAGAUGUAAACAAUGAGGGCCUGACGGAGGUAGCGGCACGGAUCAUUCCCACCAGCGGCCGUACCCCCACCUCUGACAUCUUUCUUAAACACACGUCAGCCAGUAUGGUGCCAGAGGAUGCGUCUGUUGGCCAGUUCAUCACAUCCGUUAUAGUGAAGAAAAAGACAGACGGCCCUGCUUUAAGCUUUAUUUUAUUGGGGGAUACGGUCAGCCUCUUCAAGAUUUCUGCAAAACUCAACUCUUUCGACAGCUGGAGGGCAGAGGUGGUGUUGCAGGGGAAACUGGACUACGAGACACGAAACCUUCACCCCCUUGAAGUGUGCGCAAAGAACCCUUACACCAAUGAAAGAUUCGACACCCGCAACAUUGUGUGUGUCAGUGUCAGCGUGUUGGUGGAGGACAGGCAGGACCGCCCCCCAUCUUUCUCCACGCCCCCCCCAUCACCAGGAUCACCAGCGAGACUUUGAAGGAUGACGAGCUGGUGAGGAUACAAGCGCAGGAUGGAGAUCAAGGGAAACCAAGAGAGAUACGUUAUACAUUGCAGGCUACCUCCUCUCAAUACGCCUCCUUUUUUGCUAUCAACAGAGAGACAGGUUCCAUCACUCUCGAGAACACGGUAAACAGGCUGCUGGAGGCGAUGGUGACCUUUGAACCCAUUCUGGUAACAGUGACGGCUGUAGAAAUGGAGGAGGAGAGGACACGGGCACCUAGGGACUCCUAUUCAAGCUCUGUCGAAAUUGCCUUUGUUAUCAUGGACUCUGAUAUGAUGAUACCAAAGUUUACCUAUCAGCAAUACGUGGGCGAGGUGCGAGAGAACAGCCAGCCAGGUACAGCCGUUACCUUUCCAGACACCACCUUUCUGAAGUCGGGUCUGAAGGGGGUGUUUGCGCUACGGCUCGAGGGGGACGAGGGAAUCUUCACAGUGGAGCCCAGUGUGGUGCGGGACAGCGGAGAUAUUAGCAUCAAAGUGAAGAAUACUGCUCUUCUUGACUACGAAGAGAGGCCCCAUAUUGAAUUUCAGAUGAUCGCAAGGCAAGUGUCGGGGUCAGGUCAGUCGUCCAGCAGCGCACAGUUAAGAGUGAACCUGAUAGACCUCAAUGAUAACUCUCCAGUCUUCACCCAGAGUGUAUACAGGACAGAGGUUUAUGAGAACAUUACCUCAGGAACCUCGAUUAUCAGGGUCGAGGCGAGGGACGCAGACGGCGGCUCCUUCGGGACAGUGCGGUAUACGAGGCUGGAGGGGGACAUGGCCGAUAGGUUGGAAUUGGAUGCCUAUUCUGGCCUCAUCUCUCGUAAUAAUGAUAUUCUUUCGUUCGACCGAGAGAGGAAAGCAGAGUUGCACCUGAGAGUGAGAGCAACAGACAACAGCGGAGCGGGAAACGAAGCUCACUCAAAUGUGAUUUUGGUGCUCCGGGAUGUGAACGACGAGGCGCCCGUGUUUCAGCAUACCGUGUACCAGGGGGUGAUGAAACCUGACCAAACGGGCCUCAGAUCUCCAAUACAAGUCCAGGCCGUGGAUAGAGACGCAGAGGAGCCGAACAAUCAAGUGAGGUACAGGCUAGAUCCUUCCUCCUAUUCGUCAUAUUUCAGUGUAGAUGCUUUGACGGGGGAGCUGAAGGUGAUCCAGGCCCUCUCCUAUCCCCAGGUUUCCUCCAUCAGUGACCCGAGGGACCAGAGAACAUAUGACGAAGAGGUAAUCAACUUAAGCAUCACAGCCUACGAUCUGGGCACUCCGCAGCAGACCCAAAAUGUUCCCGUUCAAAUUUUCCGCGAGGAGUUUGUGGAGAGGUUCAUUACUUUUAUCUAUCCAAGGCCCAAAAUUGAGGUGGAGUUGAAGAGGGAGGAAAUCGAGACAAUGCUGCGAACCCUAACAGGCGGUAACGCUCAGAUACGAACGGUGGAGCACUUUACUACCCAAGACACGUCCAGGUUCCCAGACGCUCUCCCUUACGAGCCAGUAAAGAGCAUCGUGACAGCGCUGGUGCGUAACAACGUGAACACCGUGGUGGACAUCGAGAAGAUCCUGAAGCAGCUGAACGGGACGCAGCCCGUGGCGUGCAGGCUGGAGGGCGUGCAGCUCACCAGCGUGCAGGGCGAGCGGGACUCCUACCUGGCGGGCGUGGUAAUCCUGUGCGUGCUGCUGGCGCUCAUCUUCCUGCUCAUCAUCCUGUGCUACAUGUGGUCCAUCUGCCCCCUCUACCGCGUCAGGAAGAGCCGCAAGGUGAUGGCAGACGAGGGCGGGCCAGACUCGGAGCGCGUGUCUUACAUUCGCGUGGACGAGCGCGGCGGCUACCGUGGCUACGAGGAGGAGCGCACCUGGUGGGACUACCUGCCCGCCUGCUGCACGGACGCGGCGCUCUACCUGGGGGUGACGCCUCCCAAGCGAGGCGGCGGCCGCAUGGCCUGGAGCGGCGACGAGCGACAGCGGUACUGGCAAUUUGGCGGCGGCGGCGAGGGCGUCCCCGUGGACGAGAGGGUGAUAGGGUCGCGGCGCCCCGGCGGGCGUGACCUGGUGCUGCUGGAGGACCUGGACGAGGCCCGCCUGCAGCAGCAGCAGCAGCAAGGCGGUGCAGGCCGCGUGCUGCGUGUUGACUCCCGCAACUCCUUCACCUCGCAGGACCCGCGCCGCACCUUCAUCCUGCGCGACGCGCGCGGCCUGCCCCGCCUGCCCGACACGGUGCGCGAGGGCGAGCACUACCUGGUGGAGGACGUGGACGGGUCUCCGCGUGGCGUCAGGAUGGACGACCCACGCCUGCGCCUGGAGGACCCGCGCACGCUGCGGGUAGAAGAGCCGCGGCCCGCGCCUCCACCGCCACCCGCGGCCGAGGAAGAUUCAUCUUACGCUCGGCCGGGAAACGGGGAGGACCUCCGACUUCACGCCAGCCCGCCCGGCGCCGCGCCCCGCGAUGACGGGGCCGCGGGCCGGCGGGGCCGCCCACCCAGGCAGGCUGGCGGGGGGCCGGGGGGAACAGGACGACGGAGGGGACGAGGCGCGCACUCAGGCAUGAGGACGCGGGGGGCGGGGAAGGGGGGGCGGGGGCGGCGGGGCCAGCCCCCCCCUAGCAGACGUAAUGAUCCAAACGGAGGUUCACGGGGCCGCGGUGCCCGCAGGGGCUCCCGCCGUGCCCCGCCUUCGAAUCAGGACGCCGAUACAGGAGGAGACGAGCAGCCUGCUGGAGGCAGAGGCCAGCCGCUCCUCCAGACGCGAGACGCAGCGGUCCAGGCGACCGACCCGCCAGGAGGAGGAUGGUGGGGGACCUGGGAGCCCCGAGGACUGGUCCAGCUCGGCGGGGCGCCGGUCCACGCGCCUGGCGCAGCCCGCCAACUCCCUCUACCAGCACAACAAGGCUUCUAUUAUGCGCUUCGAGACCAACAAGGCGCGUAUGGAGGAGGGCGCCGCGCAGGAGGCCGCCGUGCCCCGCCGCGCCGCCACUACCUCAGCUCCCGAGGGCCGCCGCUCCUCCAGCCUGGACGGGCGCCGUUCCCACAGCCGGGCUGGGGGGGAGGUGGCGCGGCGGGCCCCGGGGUCGGGUCCGCCUGGCCUGGCGCGGCGCGGGUCACUGCCCUCCCUCUCCCUGGAGACUACCGGGCUGGAGCGGGAGGCCGCGCAGCGAUCCUUGUCCCGGCGGGGGUCGCCGGGCCCCCAGGACCUGCCCGCCGCUGACGGCAGGUCCAGACACUCCUCGGAGGAGGACGACGAGGAGCCUGUGGGGCGCCGCUCCAGACCGCGGGCCAAUGCGCGGUACAUGCAGUGGUACAACCGAAUGCGAGACCGAGGCCAGCACGACCCGCGUCUUC